AUGGGUGAUGCACAAAAGCCUUCACUGGUCCACACCGUAGAAGAUGCACAUUUUGCCCCACAAACAUGGCACUGCGAACUGCGUGAGAAUCUGCGGAAGUAUAAAAUCAUCAAAUACAGAGGAAGAAAUACUGCGGGGCUAUUUGAUGAACUUGAGAAGGAACUGAAGAAGCGUGGAGUCGGCCAAGGUGUGCUUGAUGACAUACGAGCACAGGUUAGUUGAUU